AAAAAUAGGUCAUGAUAUGUUAGCAGCCCGCGGCAAGCCUUAAUUACGAAAUAAGUAAGCUUCGUGUAAUAUUUUUGUUCAACAGUUGAAAAUUUAUUUGUGAAUGAAACAGUUCGGUGCUGUUGAUAAAUGUAGAUUUAAUGUCUCGAACAAAAAAAAUUUUAUUUUAUUUAAUUUUUUACAUUUACUCACUAAUUAUCGUAAACGGGGUAUAUUAUCAAGGAUUUCAUCAAAUCUGCCAUCAAAUAGCGCAUCACUCUUUUUACUUUUACGACCAUGAGGCCGAGCAAACCCAAAUUACCGAUUGUAAGCUGGUCAAUAUCAAAGUAAAACGUUACGGUAAUUUUAGUAGCAAUAUUUUGCAAAUCAAGAUCCUUUUCGAAAACAAAGAAAUUGAGUCUCUAAAACUUUACAAAACCGACGGACUAUUAGCGAAUGGAAAUACGCCGAUUUAUUUCCCGAAUAUUGCACCAUCGACCAAUUACACGAAUUUCGAUUCGGAAUAUUUUUUUAAUGUUUCGAAUAUUCAUGAGUUUACGCCAGAACUCGGUAACUUUUCAAUGUAUCACGAUAGGAAUAAAACAGCUUCGAUAAUAGUCUUUCGCAAAUUAAAAAAUUUCCAAGUGGACGGGAAUGUCGGAAACUAUAUACUCCGUAGAUUGCCUUACAUUUCAUAUCUGACCACGAAAUACGCGUACCUACGAAUAAAGAAUAUCAAUCAAGAAGAAAUUUGGGACAAUUAUUUGAACAAUACAAACUUGUCGUACGAUUUGCAAGUGCCUGAACUGAACAAUGUCACUAUAAAUUUAUUGGUGAUGCUUGAUAGUUCUUCCGUUAUUAAGCCCUCUGAUGAAAUGAUUCGCACACUUUUGAUGUACUUCAACUACAUCGACAUGUUUCACGCGAAUUUCACUUCUCCAAAAAUUCAAUUUUCCAUCAAAGGAAUAGUCCUACCUCCGACAGUUGAUGUCAUUCCGUACUUGGGAAACAACCGGGCAAGUGCUGACGAAUUGGACCUAACUCAUUUGUACAAAUCAAUUCGGACUAUGUACCAAGUUCAUCGAAAUUUUUUAGGUCUUACCAGCCACGAUCUUAUCACAGUAAUGACGCAACGAAAAGCUUGCAAUCAAUCAAAUAAAACUAAUUUUGUUGAUGAUUAUGACUAUUAUGAAGAUGAAAAUUGUUAUGUUUUAGAUAUACACAGCAAUUAUAUUUGUGAAGAAAGAAAUAAACCACGUCGAAUGGUAGUAUUUCAUUCUGAUUUUCAAGGCUAUCAUGGCAUUUUUUUGGAUGGAUUACUUUCAAUUUUAGGAUACGCUGAAGAAACAGACGAGUCUCUAAAAAAUUGCACGGGAAUAGGAAGAGAAGAAAUUCUUACUGACGACUUAAAGUAUCCUUUAGCGUGGAGUGCUUGUAAUAUUCAACAAUAUUCAAAUCAAUUUCGAAAAUUUAACUGCUCUAACUCUAGAAGAAACGAGGCCAUUUUUGAUGAUAAACUAAAAGAAGAAAAGUACAAUAGAAGCCUACUUUUUUACGAAGCUUUUGAACUUAUGAAAUCUGCAGGAUUAAAACUUUUAGAAUAUUUUAUUAGAAACGCUAAUUUAACAGUACCUCACAAUAAAAAUUAA